AUGGGAAAAGAGAAUAAAUUGAAAUUGUUAACUUUCAAUACUUGGGGGUUAAAGUAUCUUUCUACUUAUAGAAAGGAACGUUUAACAGCAAUAGCUGAUACUCUAGCUGGAGAAAAAGUAGCUACACCAAUUCCAGAAUUGGAGGACUUUGUCAAAGAUGAAGAUUAUAAUUUUGAUAUAAUUGCCUUGCAAGAAAUUUGGUCUGAAGACGAUUGGAAUUAUAUCACGAAAAAAUGUAAAACCAAAUAUCCAUAUUCUAGAUUAUUUUAUAGUGGUAUUGUUUCUGGUCCAGGAUUAGCUAUUUUAUCAAAGAUUCCUAUCCAAUCUACCAACCUUUAUAGAUUUCCCAUUAAUGGUUUACCAACAGCUAUUACUCGUGGUGAUUGGUUUGUGGGGAAAUCUGUGGCAAUAACUACCUUUGAAGUUGCUGGUCAACAAAUUGCUGUUUUCAAUAGCCAUAUGCAUGCGCCAUAUGCAUUGAGUGGCUCUCAAAAUUAUAAAGCUCAUAGAAGUGUCCAGGCUUGGGAUUUUAAUCAUUUAGUUCAAUUAUAUAAAAAGGCAGGAUAUGCAACUAUCCUUGUGGGAGAUUUAAAUUCAAGACCUGGUUCCUUACCAUAUUCAUUAUUGAUUGACUCAGGAUUGAGUGAUUCAUGGGAAUUGUCUAGAAAUAAUAAAAAAGAUGAUUUAGUAGCCAUAUCAAAGAUGACACCUGCUGAACAAAUCAUCGAAGGUUGUACUACUUGUGAUACCAUUUUAAAUACUUGGAGAACAGAUAUUUGUGAACCUGAUGAAGCUCAAAGAUUGGAUUAUGCUCUUGUAGAUAGUGAUAAAUUCGAUGUUUUAGAUGGUCAUGCUAUCUUCACAGAUAUAAUCCCACAUAUUGGAUCAUUUUCUGAUCAUUUUGCUUACACGUGUACCUUAGUUUUAAAAGAUCCAUCUAGUACUGCUAAUUCUAGUAAUAUUGAAGAUUCAGUUGUUGUGGGAAACUCAUCAUUGAUAGACAAUGAAAAUGAUAAAAUCAAGAUAGAACAAAGAGUAGCUAUAUAUACAGAAUUAUUAGAGACAAUCCAGGAUUACGUCAAGACAUGUAAUACAAGAGAUACGAUCCGUCAAUCAAUAGCAGCUGUAUCUUUUCUAACAUUUUUCUUUCUAAUAAUUCUAUAUCUCUCUAAAGGUGAUCCUCAAAAUUUAUCCAAUUAUAAAUUUGUCACUGGUAUAUUAAUUGGUGUGUUAUUAACAUUAACAUUUGUCUUUUUUUCCUUAAUUGGAUUAGCAUUUGGAAGAAGUGAACGUAGGGCGUUUAAAGAAGUGGAGAAUGAAGUCACAGAUAUUUUAACAAGCUUAAACACUAACAACAAGACUUACGGGUCUCUGUAA